GUGGCGUGUGACGUCAUAAGGCAGCGCCGCUACUGCGCUGUGAAUCAACUGGAGAAAGGAUAAAGUGUCCAAACACAGAGAAAAACUCCUGCUGAAGCGACUGAUCUCCACACUGUUAUAAAGAUGGCGUUUAUUAAAGAGGAGAGUGAAGAUGUGAAGAUUGAAGAAACAUUCAGAGUCAAACAGGAAGAUCUGCAGGAACAAACAGACCUAAUUGAAGAGAAUGAGGGGAGUAAAGAGGAGGAACAUCAUGUCAAAAUUGAGGGAAAAACUCAUUUACAGACUGAUGGCAUUUUGAAAAGGAGAGACAAGAAUCGUUGCACCUGCAUUCAGUGUGGAAAGAGUUUUGGAAGAAAAGACAAUCUUAAGACUCACAUGAGGAUCCACACUGGAGAGAGACCAUUCACAUGCACUCAGUGUGGGAAGAGUUUCUACCAAUCAUCAAACCUUAAUAAUCACAUGAAGAUCCACACUGGAGAGAAACCAUUUACAUGCACACAGUGUGGAAAGAGUUUCAUCCAUUCAUCACACCUUAAUCUACACAUGAUGAUUCACACCGGAGAGAAACCUUUCACGUGCACUCAGUGUGGGAAGAGUUUUAAAUGCUCAUCACACAUUAAUAAACACAUGAGGAUCCACACUGGAGUAAAACCAUUCACUUGCACUCUGUGUGGGAAGAGUUUUAACAGCUCAUCACACCUUAAUCAACACAUAAGGAUCCACACUGGAGAGAAACCAUUUACAUGCACUCAGUGUAUGAAGAGUUUCAGCCAAUUAUCACAUCUUAGUCACCACAUGAGGAUCCAUACUGGAGAGAAACCAUUCACAUGCACUCAGUGUGGGAAUGGUUUCAGUCGAUCAUCACACUUUAAUAAACACAUGAUGAUCCACACCGGAGAGAAACCAUUCACAUGUACUCAGUGUGGGAAGAGUUUCAGCCGAUCAUCACACCUUAAUAAACACAUGAUGAUUCACACUGGAGAGAAACCUUUCACGUGCACUCAGUGUGGGAAGAGAUUUAAAUGCUCAUCACACAUUAAUAAACACAUGAGGAUCCACACUGGAGUAAAACCAUUCACUUGCACUCAGUGUGGGAAGAGUUUCAGCCAAUUAUCACACCUUAAUCACCACAUGAGGAUCCAUACUGGAGAGAAACCAUUCACAUGCACGCAGUGUGGGAAUGGUUUCAGCCGAUCAUCACACCUUAAUAAACACAUGAUGAUCCACACUGGAGAGAAACCAUGCACAUGAACUCAGUGAGAAGAGUUUCAGCCAAUCAUCACAUCUUAAUGAACACAUGAAGAUCCACACUGGUGUGAAAGAGUAUAUGUGCUUUGAGUGUGAGAAGACUUUUAUUAGAGCUUCAAAAUUGAGACUGCCCCAGACGAUUCACAAUGUUAUAAGAGGUUUAAUCAGUUAACACAUUUGAAAACACAAAAGAGGAUGCACACUGGAGAGAAACUGUACAGAUCUGAUCUUUGUCUACAGAGUUUCGUUUCAUUCGGCGCAGCUUAAGAAACACAUGGACAAAAAGUUGCACACAUGACAUGAAUGCAGCAAAACAUUUUCUCAUGUGCAGAGGAUGUUGCGCUCCUUGCGUUGUGGUGAAUGGAGCCCAUGGAACGAAUGGUUCCAUUAUUAACGUGAAACA